CUAAAAAGCAAAUAAAAUGAGGUAGUAUGAUGAAGAAUGACUGGGCUGUUUGGGCUAGUUUCUCUAGGCAGGUCAAAGAAGGAUUCUCUGAGUAGGUGACAAUGAAGCUAAGACAUAAUCAAUGAAAAGGAAACAGGUGUGCAGUGACCUGGGGAGUCUGUGUUCUGGGAUGCAGACGGAGUUACUAGAGCUCUGAGAGAGGGAUGAACUGGGGGCAUUUGUGCGAGAAGUGUCGUAUCUGAAGGGGAGAAGCGGAGGAGUAGAGGAGAGUAAGGUCAGAUCAUGUAGGGUCUGGUUUGCCGUGGUAAGGAACUGAGAGUGACAACAGGCCACUGAAGGAUUAUCAGCAAGAAGUUUGAGCCAGAAGGAGUCUUUGAGAGUGUGGUUCAUCCAUUUUUCAAGGAAGGAAGUGAAUUCUCUACUCAGAUUCAGUAGUUUGCUGGAAAGGGGAGGGGUGGUGUGGGAAAGGCAGGCACUGAACCUGAUUCCCAGGCCAGAGUUCUUUUCAGCAAUAAAAAAUGACAAUUGAAAAUAGCGUUUUGUUCACUCAUCUUAAUUGCUUCUCUUCCUGGUGGUUUCUGGAGGCCAGAGGAGAAAAGAGGAAGUGGCAGAGGGAGAGGGCAUUCUCCAAGGCAAGGAGACAGCUUUUACUUCCAACCCAGGUGCAUACUCUCAGGGCUACCCUAUGAAGCUAAAUUGGCCUCUCUGUUUAGAAAUCCGGAUAUGUCCCAGACAGUAAGCAUUAAUUUUUUUUUCCAAAUGAAAAACGUUAGAGACAAGUAAAUAACACCUAUAGUUAACUCUGAAAAUACUGACGUGUUCUACCAGAAAUGUUGGUAAUAAACACAUGCACGCUGCUUCUGAUGUUCUUUUGGUGAAGAAGGAAGAAUUUCUGGCUUUCCUGAUACUCUUGAAUCUCUUCCUACCCAGGAUUGUGAUCACUGUUGACUUUCACUUUGAUUGUUUGAGAGUUGAUUCAAUUACUCAUUCAUUCAUUCAUUCAUUCAUUUGACAAAUGCUUGAGGCAGGCUGCAAGUCAGGCACAGGUCUGGUAUCUUUGAGGAGUCACAUUCUCGUGAAGUUUACAUUUUAGAUGCUGUGAGGUUUGUAUCCAUGGUGAAGCAGGAAAUUAAACCUUCAUAGCAUCCUGUAAACAUGGAUUAUUGAGUGUCUUAGGGCUUUUAAUAAAGGCCAUGAGGUCCCUGUCAGAGGAGGGUUCAAAGACCACUUUCUUCCAGGUUCUCCAAACUUUUUUUUUUUUAACCACUCAAUGACAGCAGAGCUAUCUAUCAGUUCCUCUGAACUUGUUCUGAAUGAGCUUUUCUCACUGUUCAGUCUUUGCUCUCCUAUUACUGUUUCGCUUCGUCAUAGAAUUCCAGAUUAGUGGGCCCCUAGAAGUUCAGCUGGUAGAUGAGAAAACUGAGCCCAUUGAAGUUAAAGUCACCCAGCUAGUCAGGGUUGAUCUUCCCAACUCAGAGUCCCCUGCUUACUUAAACUUUUAUAUCCAACAAGUUUACUUUCCCUGGAAACUUAUUUGGUAUUUUUUAUUUUCCAUCUCCGUGCCCUCGAUAGGUUUCUUUAUGUCUGUUUGGAAGUGUAAUGAAAAAUAACACUAGUUAUUGAAUAGCUACAACAUACAGAGUGUGCAUGCCAGGCCCUUCCAAGUACUUGGCAUAUGUCAAUUGAUUGAACUCUCACAAUGCUCCUGUGUUGUAGGUACUACUAUUACCCCAUUUUACAGGUGAGGAAACUGAGGCACAGAGGGGUUAACUUCUCCCAGGGGGAUUGAGCUAGUAAGUAGUGUAACCUGAUAUUGGACCCAGGCAGUCUGGCACCAGGGCCAAUGCUUGGGCCCCUGUUCUUCUGCCUCUCAGUAUGCAAAUGGCCAGUCUGUUUCUUUAACUGGGGUGAGCGGCCCUUGGCACACCCACACAGCGACCUUAAACAUUGUGGGAAAUCAAGUCCAAGUAUCUCAAGUAAAAGUACAACAAUCCGUGUCAGGAAAAACAGCUUAGGGCUUGACUUCAUUAUGUUUUUGGCUGCCAUUUUAUGCAUUCUGAGUAGAACAAACAUUCCUCCUAGUGCCCCCACCUUGUCUUUAACAUUCCACAGUGGAAGUUCCUCAAAGCUCUCCGUUUUGAAAGCAUCCUCUAUGAUUACCAGCCACUAAAUUGCAUCUGCCACUGAGGGCCCAAUGGGCUUUGAACCUGUUAUUCUUGGGAAAUUCAAGCUGCGAGGGAGAGAGAGAACGUUGUACACGUGUGCAGCUGUGCUUUGGAGUACAAGAAGUAAUCGUAUGUGUCUGUGUGUUUUUUAUGGGGGUAGGGAAGGGUAUAUUAAUUAACCCAACUGAGAAGGAGAUAACUGUGUUCCAGGAAGGAGCCAAUGAAAUGAGUUUGCUUUAAAAAAAAAAAAAAAUCCCAGUAGCCUGAGUCAGCCUGUGCAAGUGAUUUGGGAGAGGAAGGGGAGAUGAUGUAACUGGUUCGGCAUGUUCCCAUCUUGGCCACUGAGUACAUGCCUUGAAUUGGAACGCUACCUACAGACGGAGCCCAGGAGGAUCUCAGAGACCUUUGGUGAGGACUUGGACUGUUUCCUCCACGCUUCCCCUCCCCCGGGCAUUGAGGAAAGCUUCCGUCGCUUAGACCCCCUGCUGCUCCCCGUGGAAGCGGCCAUCUGUGAGAAGAGCUCGGCAGUGGACAUCUUGCUCUCUCGGGACAAGUUGCUAUCUGAGACCUGCCUCAGCCUCCAGCCGGCCAGUUCUUCUCUAGACAGCUACACAGCCGUCAACCAGGCCCAGCUCAACGCAGUGACCUCAUUAACGCCCCCAUCGUCCCCUGAGCUCAGCCGCCAUCUGGUCAAAACCUCACAAACUCUCUCUGCUGUGGAUGGCACGGUGACGUUGAAACUGGUGGCCAAGAAGGCUGCUCUCAGCUCCGUAAAGGUGGGAGGGGUCGCAACAGCUGCAGCAGCCGUGACGGCUGCGGGGGCCGUUAAGAGUGGACAGAGCGACAGUGACCAAGGAGGGCUAGGGGCUGAAGCAUGUCCCGAAAACAAGAAGAGGGUUCACCGCUGUCAGUUUAACGGGUGCCGGAAAGUUUAUACAAAAAGCUCCCACUUAAAGGCCCACCAGAGGACUCACACAGGUGAGAAGCCUUAUAAGUGCUCAUGGGAGGGAUGUGAGUGGCGUUUUGCACGAAGUGAUGAGCUCACGAGGCACUACAGGAAACACACAGGUGCAAAGCCCUUCAAAUGCAACCACUGCGACAGGUGUUUUUCCAGGUCUGACCAUCUUGCCCUCCACAUGAAGAGACAUAUCUAAAAAACCGAAAGGCCAGAGUUGCCGUGGCAUCGGCUAGUGUCUAAAGGAAACGCCAUGAGGCAGGGGGCUGGACUUCAGGCGGGGACCCAUUGCCUCGCAGAAGAAAGUUCUCACUUAUAAACCUCUGUACACACACACACAUAUAUACACACACGCACAGACCCACACACAUACACACUGUCAUGCACUCAACUAUAUUUAAAAUAUAUACGUCUAUUCUUUAUGCCUUGCCCUAGCCAGAUGGAAGAAGAUGAAGAAGGAAACCAGGUGAACUCAGCAAGGCAGACUGGUUGCUUACUUCAGCACUAUUGGAAUUAUUUCCCACUGUUGCCAAUGGAAAUCAAAGAAAAUGGAUGUGACGUCUUUGCAGGUGGACGGCAGUCCGAGGGGCUUAUUUAACUUGCUUCUCAGUGCAACUUGAUAGGAGAAUCCAGCAUCUUAAAGUUGCAUAUGUGUAGCACUAAUGUUUCUUUUUAAAUAGUUGGGGGAAAAUGACCUAGAAAACCAAAUUGCAGUUUGGUAGCCAAAAUUAACUCUUGGUUGAUUUGUCCUUUGUGUGUGAAAAGUCCUACUAUUCCGUGCGUGAGACUUCCUCACAGAACUGUUGACUGGUUUUGGUUCUUAGUACUAUUGAGAUCUUUCGCGUCGAUCCCAACGGCCUUAGCGGCGGCAGACUCUGGAAUAACACCUUACACCUUUCUGGCCUGCAUUUCUGUAGACUUCACUCUCAAGGGAGGAGUUUUCUUUUCUUACUUUUUGACUUUUGCACACCAUAUGCACUAGGGAUUCUGGAAACUUCUAGCAUGACUGCAGAGUGGCCAAGAGAAUAAAGUCCUUGAUGAUAAAUCACAGUAUAUCCCUUGAGCCUCACCUUAUUGCCAGUGCUAGAUUUUUUCUUUUUAAUCUCUCCGUUUUUGCUAAUGAAAACUUGAAAAGCUUAUUUGGAAGCUUAAAUGUUUUAUCUUUUCUCCAUGGACUAAACCUCUCCAGGACUCUCUCGGCACCUGGAUGUCCAGCUCUCGAAGCAGCCAAUCAGAUGGGACAUCACAGUUCUGUCAUCCUCGUUGAGGCAUGAUGACCUCAGCUCAUAGUGAUCAACCGUUGUGCUGUGUGUCAUUGCUACCCCAUAACCAGUUACAGCAUAGAUGUCGCUAGUCUCAGAGGGCAGCUGCGUAUUUAAUUUAACUCUGGUUUAUGACCUGACAAAAAGCCAAAAAUAUCACUCUUUCCAGGAGUGGGGAAAACUGAGGAUGCCUCCCAAGUCUAGUGGCUUCACAAAAGAUCAUCCUAUCUUCUCUAUCAUGCCCACCGAGCUCCCAUUCCCCUACUUGUUACAAUACACGAUUUAAAACGCCAUUGUGGGAGCAAAGGGUUGACAUUUAAGGAAAAGGUUGAGGUGUUUCUCUCAUGGGCUGUCUAAAAGGAGAGACACGUUUCUUUCUUUGUUUUUUUUUUGGCUAGGCCCACCAUAACUUGUGACCUAGAACCCCCAGGAUUAACAGAGGCCUCACAUUUACUCUGCAAGCUGACUCCAAAGGAGUCUACAGUCCUUAUUUGUCAUACCACACACACACAUCUAAUAGUGGUCUCUAUCUACCCACAUUCCUAGCUAGCUGGCACUGGCCUCAACUCCAAAGACUGCCUUUAGGACCAUCAAAUGGCCUAUGCAAGCAAGCGGGGUGGUUAUUAGGACAGAUUGUAUAUUUUGUAUAUUCUGGGACCAUCCCUUCAAGACACGUCUAUAAAACAAAAAUGGCGCUUGGUCCACACACGGUUGCUGCUCCCUCCUACCAGCUGGCUCCCCUCCUGUCCUCCUCUGACUGUUUGACUCAUUGACUGUUAAAAUGCCACCCCAUACAUAUUUGGGAUGCAAAACUGAAGUCAAAAGAAAAUAAUAAUAUAAGAAACACAAACACAUAUAUGACAGCAACCUUCAAGAUCUGGCUUUUCAGCUUUCUGCAACCUUUGUUUUCACUGAAAUGUUGAAACUACUCGUCUGAGGGCAAAGGAACCUCCUCACAAAUGCUGUAGCUGCCAAUUGGACACUUGGGGCAUUUCGAGGUCUGGCCCUAAGAAUUUACUUUCUCCUUUUCCUUUUUUCUAUUUAGACCAAAAAAAACAAAAAACAAAAAAAAAACAAAAAAACAAAAUAAUACAAAACGAAAAAAAAAAAGAAAAAACACCCGUUAACACACACACACACACACACACAUAAAAUCUGUCCAUUUGCCGGAGGCAAUUAUAUGUAUGUUAGUUGGAGGGUAUUAAAAUCAGUUUUAUUCCAAAGAUUUAAAACUAGACAUGACUUAAAAAUAAUUUCUGGAGCACUGCUUGCUGACAAUCUCGUAGUUCUCUACUGCAUUUGAGUGCAUUUUGUGGCCAGUCCAUCAGGGCGUACCAUGGGAUUAUAUUUGAAUGUGUGGUGUAUCCUUCCUGGAUGAAGGAUGUGUGAGGGACCUUGAACCUCAGCUGUAUUAAACUGUAGCGCCUCCAGUCAGUGCACUAGAUGAAACUUUUAGACACCCUGAAUUCUGUUGGUUCUUUUCCUUUAUGUAGCAGCCUCCAGCAUGAAUGCACGCACACGCCAGUGAUGGCAUUAAGCCAUGGCCACCACGAUUUGCAAAUGUUCUCUCCCAAGCUGGAGCUGCUCUUGCCUCUCGAAAUGCUAUUAUUAAGGGUUUAUAAUACUUAAUUUAAUUUUCGAACUGACCAAUGCAAGGCUCUAUUAAAAAGAAAGUUUAAAAAAUGCAAAAGAGUAAUCAUUGCUUGUUUGCUCCCUAUUGUCAUCUGUGGUCUCAUUUGAAUGUGGCAGAACAAAGGCCCUUUGGUCCUCAUCAGUGUCUGAAAUGUUCAGUAAUUUCUCUCUCUUUUGUAUCAGUGAGGUCCUUUGUAAUCUGCUCCUGACCUUUCUUGGAGCAGGGUGCAUUGAAACUCAAUGGUGGUGCUUGCUUGCUUCAGAGUCAUUUGUUGACUGUGAGAAUUGGCCUAAGAAUUUGGUGGGUGCUAAGUGGAUGGCUUUGAAACUGUUCUUCUUUAGCCCACUUGACACCCGUGAAUGAUGACCAGUCCUGAUCAUUUUGGAAAUGGAUUUGUAAUAAAAUGUCCAUCACCUCUGCAGUGGCAGAGAUGGUUGCUAAGAGCCUCUGGAUCGAGCAGGUUUUCCAAGAAGUAACCUGAAGACAUUUUGCUCCCAAGAGGACUGGUUAUUUAAAACAGUGCAUUAAUGGACAUUUGAAACACAUUAAACCCCUUUCUCAUUUCAAUUGUUAUCUCCUAACACUCCAGGGGAUCCAAAUUUGAAAGGAAAAACCCGGCCUGGUGUUUCUGGUGGUGUCCUAACAAGCACGCUUUUAUCCAGGGUUCAGAGUUGGACAUGUAGAAAAAGAGUUUCUAAGCCACUGACAAUUUUUUGUUUUUUUGUAAUUUCAAAUUAUACUUCUUUCUCCUGCCACAUGACUGUAAGUCAUAGACAUGGAAACCUGAAAUUAUAAUGCUGCUCCUAGCUACUGGCCGCCUGACCCAUCCAUGGUUAAUGGCUCAGCUCAAUGCCUGGUGGUAAUGAGUAUUAUGUCCAGAAAAAGAGAUGUUCAGAUUCCAUGACAAAGCUGCAUUUUUGUAAAAAUAUUGGAGACCCCAAAAUGAACUUCAUGCUGACCAUUUCCUCCUCUCUGUGUGCUUUCCCUUGCAAAGCCCUUCAAAUAUCCUCCUCUCGACGCCAUCUCCUCUCCACCUGCACCUCUUGUGCCCUUUGUACAUCUUUGAUUGCCUGAUGAUAACAGGGUAAAAGGACAGCCAACCUCAUGCCUGAUUAGCAGAACCGAAUCCUAGUUUUAAAAAAUCUUCUCUGGCUUCAGAGAAGAUUUUAUAAAGACUUUUGUUUGGGAUAAGCUUUCCAGAUUAUCCAUGUCUAUUUACAUCAAAGGGGAAAGAAAUGGGGCUUUUGGAUGGCUCUUCCAGUGCAUUCGGAACAUUGCCUCUUGCCUUUAUUCCUGCGUUUUAUGGCAAAGCCAAAAGAAAGAAACUCAAGUUGCAAGAACAAAACCCAGUGACCAGUUUUGAUGGUUCAAAAUGAUUUCCUUUAUGGAAGUCACUUCAUAAAAUGUUAAAUAAAAAGUGGGAAGUGCUUUUGUCUUCUCUUUUGCAUGAGUUACUUUUAGGUGCAGGAAGAAGGUAGGCAAAGUAAGAUAAAGAUGGAACACAUUUAACUACAAAAAUCAGGUUCAUUUUUUAGUUUAUUAGAAUUUUUUUGAAAUCUCAAGAGGGCCAACAUUUCUGGCUGCAAUUUUGCACCCAGUACAUUGCCAAAAUGAACAUUCAGUAAAUAGAACCUGAUUGAAAUUUACUCCUGGAAGCUUUCCUUUGCAUUUUCGGGAAGUGGCUGCCUGCCAGUCACAAGAGUUGGGGGGCAGGAGGGGAGGACUCAAAUUCUGGGUGUCUGGGUUAAAUUUCGGUGAACAUGGUGAUAUCUCAGUUUGAAAACUAGAGGGCCUAUCCUGAGUAUACAUCAAUGUCUCUUUGAUGGCCUACUUUCCUCAGUGAGGAUCUUUGGGAAUACUUGAGAUGGAACAACAGAAACGUGUGAAAGGAAGCAAAAACUUCUUGUAAAUAACGUGACCUCCCAUGACGAACUGCCUGAGGCUUCAGGGUUUUUUCUUGCUUUCAACACUCUUAAAUCUCCUCUGUUGGUUCCUAAUAGAUCCCAGAAAAGGGAAAAAUAAAGCUGCAGUUAACUUUCUUACGUGCAUCCUUCCAAUACAGUACUGUAUUCUUCAGGUGUUUUGCAUUUAACAUAAAAGUCCUCGGGAAACAGGUGUCAAAAACAGAGAGAGAAAUCCUGGGCCAUCACUUCACAAAUAUCCCAAACAAGAUAUUCCUUUCAAACAGGGCUCCCUCUCAGUGGUCAUGAGGGAAGGUUGAUAAUGUUCUUUGUUGGGGACUGUUUAUACAAUUUUUUUUCAACUGUGAGCUUUGGAAUCGUAACUUGCUGUGAGUCCAGCUUCUGUCUACUGCCAUAAGAUGGACCCCACGUCAGCAUAAUGAGGGUGGUAUAUAUGCUCGCACCUAGACAUGCGCAUAUGUACCUGUCGUACCUUCACGGAAGGAAAACAGGCUACUGACGUUUCGGAGGAGUAGCCACCAGUGCCUAAUAUCUUUUGGGGGGGAUGGAUGCUUAUAAUUGCCAGUAUAUCGAAACCACACUGGGAGUUCCACAUAGCGGGGAGGGGUUGGGGGUGGGCAGAGGGGACAUUUUAAACCUAGGCCUUUGGACUGGAGGCAGAAUGAUUUCUGCAAACCUAGGUCCUGAAGGCUUUGGGGCUUAUUGGCUGGUUCUCAACCUUUUUGUUUUUUCUUCCCAGCAUGCAUUUCCUAUCUAAACCCAGACUUAGUUUAAUUUCCUUAUCUUUCACUUCUGCUUCAUUCCAGGGAGGAAAAAUACACCUGUUAAUGGCCAAGAUUUCCUUGCUAACACAGAGGCAAAAAUAAAUGUCUAAUGUUUUUGAAGCCUCCCCUUCCUUUCCACAAGCCCCCGCCCGCCCCCGCGUCAAGCUCCUUCUCCCACUUCCUACUCCCACACAACUUCCCAGCCACCGAAACUUUUCUUUCAAAUCUUUAUUAUCCUCUUAACAGUUGCUUGAAUAAAUUUAUUUUUGCACUAUACAUUUUCUUUUUGCCAGAUGUGUCUAACAAGUGUGUUUGGAGAGACCUACUCCCAGCCCCGUCUCCUUCCCCGCCUCCCCCCGUCACAUUCUCUCAGGCCUUCUCUGGUAUUUAUAAUAUAUCACAGAAGUACCCAGUCUUAUAGCCCUCGGUUAUGCCUUUUUUUGACAUUUUAUUUUUUUUAAGCUUUUUAUAUAUAUAUAUAUAAAUAUAUUACUUUGUCAAGUUUUUUUGCUGUACAAAAGUCUUAAGAUUUAAAACUAUUAUUUGUAUUAUAUGAUGGUGGUAUGUUAAUGUUACAAAAUUAUUAAUGAAGAAAAAAUUUAUUUUUGUUACUGGUCUGUUUCAUAAUUCUUUUUUAAAUUGGUAUAUUGUAAGAUAUCUAUGCAAAAAAUGUUAUGUGACGCAUUUUUAUUUAAGAAUGUAAUAUGUGUAAUAAACAGUAGAAUGUG